AUGGCGCCGCAUGCAGAGGGUGUGUUUGUCCCCAAUGGUGUUUCAACGAAGAAAGGAGCUCCUUAUGUUUCGCCGCUCUAUCCCAACAUUGACAUGCAAGCUUUCAAAGAUGCCGCCGAAAAGUAUCUCGCUUGGAUUGGCAUCCCGUUCCAGGAGAGGAUCAUCACGGGCUCUAGGGAUCUUUACUGCUAUACCGCGGAUGGUCGCAAGAUUCUAGACUGGACAUCGGGGCAGAUGUCUUGCUUGAUCGGACAUGGAAAUCCGGAGAUUGUAUCUGUGAUUGAAGCCUACGCCAGCCAUCUCGAUCAUCUCUUCAGCGGCAUGAUUUCUCCCCCAGUCAUCAGCCUAGCUCAGCGCCUUGCCAGUGUGCUACCCAAGCCCCUCUCCAAGACACUAUUCCUCUCCACUGGCGGAGAAUCGAAUGAAGCAGCGAUUAAAAUGGCGAAAAUAUAUACCGGGAAGUUUGAGAUUGUUGGGCUUGGUGCGUCAUGGCAUGGAUUGACAGCUCAGGCACUCUCAUCUCAAUACUUUCACGGCCGACGUGGGCAGGGUCCCUUAAUGCCUGGGACGCACCAACUUCCAGCCCCUAACGCAUAUCGAUCAAUCUUUCGCAAUCCUGAUGGUUCCUAUGAUUGGGAGACUGAGCUCAACUAUGGUUGGGAGAUGGUUGAUCGAGCAUCCUGCGGGUCGCUUGCCGCAUGUAUCGUCGAAUGUAUCCAGUCGGCAGGGGGUAUGCAUGUCUUACCUCCAGGAUAUUUGACCGCAUUGAAGAAGCAUUGUGAGAAGCGGAAUAUGCUGCUCAUCAUUGACGAAGCGCAAACUGGAUUAGGAAGAACUGGUACUAUGUUUGCGUUCAACUACGAAAAUGUGGUGCCAGACAUCUUGACUCUGAGUAAAACGCUUGGGAAUGGGAUCCCACUCAGUGCAGUGGUGACGACUCCAGAAAUCGAUCGAGUUUGUAAAGAGCGAGAUUUUAUCUUUGUCACAACUCAUGUGAACGACCCACUCCCUGCCGCUGUAGGUGACAAAGUGCUUGAGAUUGUACUGCGGGAUGACCUGGUGGAGAAUUCUAGAGUCAUGGGUCUGCAUCUCCAAGAGGGACUGAAGAAGCUACAAUCCCGUUAUGGUUGUGUAGGUGAUAUUCGUGGUCGUGGAUUGAUGGCUGGCAUGGAAAUUGUGGGUGAUCCUGUCACAAAGGAACCAUCGCCAAAGCUAGCUCAGGCUCUGGCAGAUAUGGUGUAUGAGCUCGGACUUUGGGCAAACCUUAGCAGUCAACCUAUAUCUGGAGGUGCAUUCAGGAUCGCACCACCAAUUACGUCGACGCAGGAGCAAAUUGAUGAAGGUCUCGACAUUCUAGAAAAGGCCCUCGCUGCAACGGAGGGGUCUUUGCCACUAUACUGA